GCGCUUUUUUCUAACAACCUGAUGAUUUUUUUGUUUUUGUUUGAAAAAUAAACGGUCAUUUUUGUCAGCAAAUCACAUUGAAAACACGAAACGAUGGAAUCAAAAAUUAUUGAUGAAUUUAUUGCGAAAACAUCAUUAUCUGAAGAAUUUUUAAAAUGUUUUGAUCAAUCAUUGGUGAAAGAAGCAACAAAAUUGGCUUAUAAUUUGGCUCGAUUAGGUAUUGAUUUUGAUCAAUCCAAACCAUUCGAUUCGAAUGUUAGUGAAAACAUCUUGAAACAAUUGGAUAAACUAUAUUGUACAUUAGGACAAACAACAACCAAAAAUGAAAUUGAAAAACUUGAAAAACAAUCAAAUGAUUGUGAUAAAAUGAUUGAAAAAUUGAAAAAAUUAAAAUCCAAAAUGGAACGUUUUGAUGAUGAAAAAAUGGCCGAAGAAAAACGUAAAAAUAUUGAAAAAUUAAAUGAACAAUUACAAAAAUUAGAAUCAUCAGAAAAAUUAUCAAUGAUGAUUGGUAAUAAUAGUAACAAUGAACAAAUCAAUGAAAUUGAAUUGGAUUUUUUAUUGGAUGAAAUUGGUAAAAAUAAACAACUUACUGAACAAUUACAAACAUUAACAAAUGAAUUGGAUGGUUUUAUUGAUAUUGAUUUAAAUGAAAUUAAUAAUAAUAAUAAUAAUGAAACAAAAUGGUUAGAUGAACGAAUAAAAUAUUUGGAAAGAAAAUUUCGUAGUUUUUUACCUGAAACAAAUAAUUUGAUUGUUGAAUCGAAUAAUGUAUUUGAUACAAUUUGUUAACAGAAAGAUAUAACAGCAUCCUUCCACCACCAACAGAUGUCGACAGCGAUCUCAUUUUUUUUUACUUUCGAAAUGAUAAAAUUCAAAUAAA